AUGGCGGCGCAGGCUGCAGAGCGUGGUAGGAAGGCGCUGGCAGCCAGCAACCCAGAAUUGGCGAUAAAGGAAUAUACUACCGCUAUCAACGAGUCACCGACAUCUCCGGACUUCUAUAUUCAACGUUCGACAGCACACCUGCGAGCCAACCAACUCGAGGCCGCUCUCAGCGAUGCCGAGCAUGCUGUUCUCAAUGGCAUCAAGCGUGCUAAGAAGGAAGCCGUUACCGAAGCUCACCUUGCUCGUGGCAAGGCACUCUACAAGCUCGGUCGCAUCGCUGACGCUCAAUUCGUUCUUGAGAUCGUGAAGCGGCGAGAUGAGAAGAACAAGCAGGUCGACAUGUGGCUGAACAAGUGCUUGCUCGACAUCAAGAAACUUGCCGAGGAUGAUCCUAAGCGCACUGUAUCAGUGAGCGAAAUUCCAGAGCAGCCAUUAGCACAGUCUGGUGCUUCGACUUCCGGAACCACAUCUCAAACACAACCAGCCCCAUCAGCCACAUCUCAGCAAACUCCUGCUGGUAAGAUUCGCCACGAAUGGUACCAAAGCAUGGAUCGUGUCUUCAUAACUAUUCUUGCCAAAGGUAUAUCAAAGGACAAGGCAACUUGCGAAUUCUCCGAUCGGUCUGUGAGUGUCAACUUUCCGCUGGAAGCUCAUGGAUCUUCCUUCGAUUUCCACCUCGAACCUCUGUUUGGUGCCAUCAACACUGAGAAGAGCGAAAUGCGCGUGCUGCCAACCAAGGUCGAAGUCAACUUGAUGAAGGCGCAAUCAGGUGUGAAGUGGUCCAAACUCGAAUCAGACAAGCCACUUUCGACGACAGAGAAGGCCGAUACCCCGGUUGGCGAAGAUACUGCCAUGGCAGAUGCAGCAGUCAAGGAAGCAGUACUGAAUCCUACUCCUGCUCCAAAAGGACCGGCGUAUCCAACAUCAUCGAAGUCAGGACCCAAGAAUUGGGAUAAGAUUGGCGAAGCCGCGGAGGAAGAUAUCGGAGGUGAUGAAACCAAUUACUUCUUCAAGAGGCUUUACGCCGGUGCAUCACCAGAAGUCCAGCGUGCGAUGAUGAAGUCGUAUCAGGAAUCGAAUGGCACGGCACUCAGCACGAACUGGGAGGAAGUCUCCAAGGGCAGAGUCGAAACAGUACCUCCGGAUGGAAUGGAGGCGAAGCCGUAUCCUAAGUGA